AUGUAUUGCAUAAGAGAGCACUUAUUGUUCGAUAGAAGCUAUAUUAUCUAUCUUAAACAGGACAGUAUUGAUAUUGGGGAAUCUACUUAAAAAAUCAAGUAUGUAAUUCCAAUGAAUUCGCAAACCAUGAUUGAUUGGAAAGUAAAUGAGGAAAAUCAGAAAUUAGUAGCCUUUGCGAUAUUUUGGAACGGAUAAGAGAGAUAUUUUUAUGCUGAUGAGAAUGUGUUGCUCCGAGUUAAAGAAUACAUGGAUGGAAAAGUGAUUUAUUAUAAUAUGGAUCUCUUUUUUGAAGCAAUAAAAAAACCUGAAUCCAAAUAAUAAAGUUCUAAGAUCUAAUUGAUCAAAAGAAUUGAUCAUGAAUAAAUAUUUGCUUUAAAAGAGAUGAAAAAACUGAAAAAAAAUAGUUAAUAAUUAUUUCAAAACGAAGUUGAAAGCUUGAGAUAACUAAAACACAAAAAUAUAGUCAAGCUAAUCCAAAUCUUCGAAUCAGAUUCCACAUAUUAGAUCGUGCUAUAAUACCUAAGAGGUGGCUCUCUCAGUCAAUGUCUCAAAUAUUGCAAACUAAAUAGUCAAGAAGUUAUAAUCAUAUUACAUUAAAUUUUGGAGGGGAUUAAUCAUAUUCAUAAAAAUGGAUUUGUACACAGAGAUAUAAAACCAGAAAACAUUUUAUUUUAUGAUUUGGGUUAAUUUUCCUAAUUAUACAUAAUUGAUUUUGCAAGUGCGGGAAAGUUAUAGGAGUUGGAUAAAGAUAAAGACAUGAAAUUUGGAACUCCUGGAUAUAUGGCACCAGAAUUAUUUGAUAAUUCUUAAAAAGUAUCAGAAAAAGUGGAUAUCUUUGCAUGUGGUGCCAUUUUAUACCAAAUGUUGACUGGCCUAAAAUUAAUUAUAGGAAGCAAUUAAAAGGAAAUUAUGGAAAACAACAAAAAUUUCACCGUUACUACUUAGAUACUUUAAAAAAUAAAAUCAAAUGACUACUAAAAUCUUAUAGCUUAAAUGUUAGAAGAAAAUCCAUAAAAUAGGAUAAGCGCAAGCGAAGCUUUAAAUUAUCUUAAUUUGAUGAAAAUUCAGACUUUUACUGGAUCUUUAUCCAUUUAGAUACAUCAUAAUCAAGAACCUGUUUAAAAAUUGCCUAAUUUUAAAAAAUUGAUUAAUAAAUAAUGA